CCCCGGCCCGCGCGGCCCCCCGGCGACCCCGCCUCGAGCCCGGGCGGCGGCGGUACCUGUGAGAACCCGGAGAAGUUCCAGUACGUGGAGAAGAGCCGCUCGUGCGCGCCGCGCUGCGGGCCCGGCGUCGAGGUGUUCUGGUCGCGGCGCGACAAGGACUUCGCGCUCGUCUGGAUGGCCGUGUGGUCGGCGCUGUGCUUCUUCUCCACGGCCUUCACCGUGCUCACCUUCCUGCUGGAGCCCCACCGCUUCCAGUACCCCGAGCGCCCCAUCAUCUUCCUGUCUAUGUGCUACAACGUCUACUCGCUGGCCUUCCUCAUUCGCGCCGUAGCGGGCGCGCAGAGCGUGGCGUGCGACCAGGAGGCGGGCACACUGUACGUGAUCCAGGAGGGGCUGGAGAACACGGGCUGCACGCUCGUCUUUCUGCUGCUCUACUACUUCGGCAUGGCCAGCUCGCUGUGGUGGGUGGUGCUGACCCUCACCUGGUUCCUGGCGGCCGGCAAGAAGUGGGGCCACGAGGCCAUCGAGGCCCACGGCAGCUACUUCCACAUGGCGGCCUGGGGCCUGCCGGCCCUCAAGACCAUCGUUAUCCUGACGCUGCGAAAGGUGGCGGGCGAUGAGCUGACCGGGCUCUGCUACGUGGCCAGCAUGGAUGCGGCCGCGCUGACGGGCUUCGUGCUGGUUCCCCUCUCCUGCUACCUGGUGCUGGGCACCAGCUUCCUCCUGACAGGCUUCGUGGCCCUCUUCCACAUCCGCAAGAUCAUGAAGACAGGCGGCACCAACACCGAGAAGCUGGAGAAGCUCAUGGUCAAGAUUGGGGUCUUCUCCAUCCUCUACACGGUGCCUGCCACCUGCGUCAUUGUGUGCUAUGUCUAUGAACGCCUCAACAUGGACUUCUGGCGCCUUCGGGCCACAGAGCAGCCCUGCUUGGCAGCCACCAUGCCCGGGGGCCGGAGGGACUGCUCACUACAAGGGGGCUCGGUGCCCACCGUGGCUGUCUUUAUGCUCAAGAUCUUCAUGUCGCUGGUGGUGGGCAUCACCAGCGGUGUCUGGGUGUGGAGCUCCAAGACUUUCCAGACCUGGCAGAGCCUGUGCCACCGCAAGAUGGCAGCUGGCCGGGCCCGGGGAAAAGCCUGCCGGGCCCCCGGGGGCUACGGCCGUGGCACCCACUGCCACUAUAAGGCCCCCACCGUGGUCUUGCACAUGACUAAGACGGACCCUUCUCUGGAGAACCCCACGCACCUCUAGGGACACAGGCCUGCACAGGGCGGCUGUUGCCUCCUCCUGGCCCCCCCUCCGGAGGAGACAGCUGACUAGCAGCUGCCCAGCUGUCAAGGUCAGGCAAGUGAGUGCAAAGGGCCGAGGACCAGGGCGUGGAGCCUCUCCUUCCACCCUCAUUCACUGGGACCCAGUGAGGCUCACUCCCCUGUGGCCCAGUGCAGGGGGUGGGCCUGGCCAGGUCCCCACAAGGUCCUGGGGGAGCAUGUGGAGAGGAGGAGGGGCAGAAGGGGGCGUGGUCCAGCAGGGAGUUUAUUUAAUGAUGUAAUUUAUUAUUGAGUUUCUCUGGAAGCUGUGACUGGAAUAAACCCCCGUGUGACACC